AUGCAUCGACGACAGAACGAUGUCCUCCUAUCCAUGGCUGAUGCAGGCUUGUUGCGACGAGUCUGCAUGAACUUGUCCCUGUACAACAUUAAGUACGGACCCUGGCUGAAAGGAGGAUGGUUUCGCAUGCUGCAAGAGACAGCGCAUCAGCUGAGAGACAUGCCCCGGAACGACCCGCUUCUACUCAAGUUCUGGCCGGACAUACUCAAGGAUCGUGGUUUCUUGCUAGAGGACAGCCAGACGGGCCGCGACCACUUCUUGAAGACGCUGCGAAGCCAACAAUUCUUGACGAGCAAAGGGCCGGUUGCAGCCACCACUAAGUUCAACAGCAUCGCCAGUGCUCAUCGUCUCAUCGACUCACAUUGGUCCAGCCAAGCCUUCGUCAUGACUGCGACUUGCAUGGUGCAGGGUUGGGUACAAUUCGCCGAUCGGCUGUGGUGUCCCGAUGGUACAGUCGACAAGGAGGCCGACGAGGGCCUCAGUCGAAGCAAGGCCAAGCGGCAAGCAAAGGAGAAGUUGGAGCAGCUUCGGAGUCGGGCUGUAAACUCCUUGCAUGCCAUGACCAAGUACAUGAACGACGACUGCAUCAAAAGCGAGAGCAGAAUCAUCGCUGCUGUUCUGGAGCCCGAGUCGGCAGCAGCAUCAAAAAUGCUGCAGGAAAUGCGAGGUUCCGGGAAGACCCUGGAGUACUUGGUUUCCUGGGCGCAUGGAGGGUGGCUGGACACAGCGAAAUCACAUCUGCAGCUCCUGACGGACACCCAUGCGCUGGACAGGAUCGGGCUUUGUAUGGCCUGGAACAAAGACUGCCAGCCAGGAGAGGUGGACUGGGACCUAGCCAUGGCGACGAAAUUGUGGAAGUUCACUUUGAGCAUCUUCAAGUUUCGGGCUGGAAGCAACCUGUGGCACACCUGGGGCCCAGGAGCCUCUGCCGGCUUGCUGGGAGAGACUGAGGAGAAAGUGUGUUUCAGCUUGCAGUGGCAUCGGGAUCUCUUCGGUGCUGUGCUGGCAGUAAAAGAGAAUGGGCCCCAUGCUGCCCAGGCCCUCCUACAGCACAGCAUGUGCGAGGAAGUCUGGAUAAAGCACGUUUUCCACUGGCUUGCUCAAGCGAAUUUUCGAGAAGUGCCCGAGGGGUUGGACAGUUUGUUGCGAAAGGUCUGGGGUGGUCUUUUGAACAGCAAGCUCGUGGAGGAUGCGAACAAAUUCCAAAGACAGCAUGAGGAUAGGAGCAACAAUGCUAAAACGUUGCCCUUGGGAGAAGCCUGGCACUGUGUGAGCCAACACGAGGUCUUGAAGGCCUACGAAAGACAGGAGGUCAAAGCCCGAAAGCAGUACAAUGUGCCUGCAGACUUCGACGUCGAGGGUAUGCGCCGACCUCAUGCAGAUCGCACUCGUCAGAAGACGCCAGAAGAACAAGCAGAUUUUGAGUUCGUGCAGGGUGUGACUGGAACUCAGACAUGGCCGGCGUUCACACCAGAGAGCGAACAGCGAAUUUUCUGUCGGCUGGCCUUGCUGGUGCACCUGAACAAGAGAGGCCAGCAGUGGGAGCUCGCCGAGAAAGCAUGGAUGUCGGGUUUGCUGCCUCCUGGGAUUGUCUUCCUGUACCAGAACCGACCCCACAUGGUCCUGAGGACCUAUCCACAGGGAUGCCUGCUUUGGCCUUUGACAACCAGACCCUUCAGUGGCAACCUCGAAUUCGACAAUUCAAUUUACCAGCUGACCUGGGGCUUCUUGUUUUCUCUGGAAGGAUGCUUCGCGCAAGAGCUUUCUGUGCUGGUGCCAGUUCAAGGGUGUCGCUCGGAUAGGUCGGGCCUGCAGCUCAAGCCAGGCCUUCAAAAACUCUUGCUGCAAUUGGGCGAGGGUUUGCUCAAGCAGCUGGCGCAGCAUCUCGGGUACGAGGAAGCACCGCCGAACGCAGAUGAUCAAGAGGUUGCAACAGCGGUUCAUCUUAUGGUCAACCUGGACCCCAGUCUGCAAGAACACGAGGUGCUGGACAGAGUGAAGUUCAGAAACGAGGCAGAUGAAGGGGGGGUGGAAGGCAUGACAGAAGAGCUUGCUCUUGCAAUGGAAGACACGAUGAGACAGCAAGAGAAGCAAAAAAUCUUGAAAGGGCUCGAGCGAAAGUCGAGGCCAGUCGCAAGUCUCGCCGAGAUCGCCAAAGCGAGCUUCCACAGCAGCUACGACCAGAUACCAGUGGAAGUGGCCAGAAAGGCUGUGCUGGAGCGAAAAGCCAGAGAAUCGGCAGAACGAAAGAAACAAGACGAGCAAAAAGCCCGAGAAGCAGCAGAGCAAAAGAGAAAAGAAGAGCAAGAAGCCCGCAGAAGUCCUGGCUUGCCACAGGGCGGGGCCCAAGCGAAAGCAAAUCCAAAGAAGCGAGGAAACCAACCUGCUGCCGAAAGCCAGGAUCCCAAGAAAGCCCGGAUGUAUGCCGGCCUGGAUUCGGUCGCCGAUGCGAAGCUCCGAGAACACCUCCCGAGCUGCACGGCUGUAUUUUCCGAUGUGAAGAAUGGCCGAUGGCGAACCACAUUCAAGAUCGCUGGAGCCCAGGCCAAGCAGAAGUCUUUCAGCUGGACAGCUGUGGGGCCAACUGAGGCAGCAAGGGCAUGCUUAGAAUGGAACUGGUAG